UAUGUCUCCCUGCAUCCAUAUUACCCACACUUCAUGAAAUUUUCUUCAUAUCAGCUUGAUGAGAAUUGAGGUGUUUGAAAGGUGGCUAUGGUAGAAGUUCAGUUAGACGCAGAUCAUGACUACCCUCAAGGUCUCCUGAUAGCCUUCAGUGCCUGUACUACUGUCCUUGUUGCAGUUCACCUUUUUGCACUCAUGAUAAGUACCUGCAUUCUUCCAAAUAUAGAGGCUGUUAGCAACGUGCAUAAUCUCAACUCUGUAAAGGAAUCUCCUCAUGAGCGUAUGCAUCGGCACAUUGAGCUUGCAUGGGCAUUUUCUACUGUCAUUGGGACUUUGCUCUUUCUUGCUGAGGUGGUGCUACUGUGUUGGGUGAAGUUUCUUCCUUUAAAGAAAACUGAUAAUCAGCUCCAGAGCAACAGUUCUACUAUCACAUCAGGACAGGCAGCAGCCAUUGCAUCAACAUCUAUCAUGGUUCCCUUUGGAUUGAUUUUCAUUGUUUUUGCAGUCCACUUCUAUAGGUCACUGGUGAGCCAUAAAACAGACAGGCAAUUUCAAGAACUGAAUGAACUUGCUGAAUUUGCACGGCUCCAGGAUCAGCUGGAUCACAGAGGUGAUGCUGUCUCCUCAGCUGUUACCCAUUUUGCAUAAACCUGUAAACCCACUAUUCUGCUUCUGCCUUGUUAUGUCAACACCCCUGUGGAUGAACUGGUCAAACUGUUGAUUACUGUUUAAAGAGAGAUUGUAAAUGUUAUUCUAACACUUCAGAGAGAAAAAAUAAUGUUCCUUUCAUAAAACAAUGUCUGUCUGACAUCUGAAGAAAUGGAUGGUGGGGUGGGUAUUCUUGCACUGCACGUGCAUCCCUCCUCUUAUGAGCACUGUCUAGAUUGCUUCUUGUUAAUGCUGAAUGGUGGCUGUAUAAAUACAUGGAAAAUAACAUUGUAAAUCUGGGUAUUUGUUAGGGAUGCAUAGAGAAGCUUUUUUUUUUUCCUUCUCUUUAUUUGAUGUUGGCAUUUACUAGAAGAUACUGCUUGUCCAAUCCAUAUUGCAUAGCAUGAUACGAAUUACUUGGGAUGUGCAGCAAUUAGCACUUGGUUUCAGUGCUAGCACUGUUCUCUCUAGAAAGCCUGACAGAUGGUAGAAGUGAAAGCUUUCCCACCACUUUCCCCAGUAUGUUUUGCUGCCAAGUAAUUAUUACUUUACUGAUUUCUCCAGCGCCUUUUUCCCGUAGCAGUUACACGUUUUAUAACUUGCUAAACACCCAUGACUAGUCUUACUGCGAUGUGGUAUGGCCACAUGAGUAGGAAUGAGACUCUACUCUUCUUUGGAAGAAAAUAAAAGCAAUAACUGUUUUUAAGUUCUCAUGAGCUGGCACGUACUAUCUGGAGAGAUAGAUUUGCCUGUUUCCCAUUUAGGAAUCUUUUUUUAAAAAGAAGGAACUAGAUGGAAAUUAUCACUGGAUAAUUUUUUUUUCUUGAAAAUCAGAACCAC